GACGCAGCCGCUGUCUCCGCCCCUCGCCGCUGGUCCUUCUGGUUUGCACCCGGAGUGGUGCAUUGUGGGAAACUCCUGAGCACUCCUUGGUAUCUGCAGCCACCGCCCGCUGUCAUCCCGUGAAGCGAGUGCGCAGCUAGAAGCUGGAGGCCUGGAGGAAGACACCCAUAUAAUGCCCAGAGGUGAGCUGUCCUGAGACUCUGUGGUCCAGCCACCUGCCAGUGCCACAAGUCCCAAACCAGCCACCCGCACAAGUCAUCAUGGAGUCCCGAGGAAAGUCAGCCAGCAGCCCCAAGCCAGACACCAAGGUGCCUCAGGCCACGGCUGAGGCCAAGGCCACUCCAGCUGCUGACGGAAAAGCCCCCAUGACCAAGCCUGUGAAGAAGGAAAACCAAGCAGAGAAGCAGGAGCAACCCGUGGCCCCUGGGCCGGCCACAACCAAGAAGACCCCGGCCAAGGCAGAUCCUGUACUUCUCAAUAAUCACAGCAACCUGAAGCCAGCUCCCGCGGCGCCAGCGGCAGCUACCAACAGUCCUGAUGCCACCUCAGAGCCCAAGGGUCCUGGGGAUGGGGCAGAGGAAGACGAGCCCAACACUGGAGGCCGAGGUCCCUGGCCUUGCGAGAACUUGACCCCUUUGCUGGUAGCUGGGGGUGUGGCCGUGGCUACCAUGGCCCUAAUUCUUGGUGUGGCCUUCCUAGCCCGGAAAAAAUGAUGCCUGGUGUCCAGGUCGGGGCGUAGAGCCAUUUUCUGUACAGACGUGAAUAUAUAGUGCAUGCAAGGCCC